CCGAGACGCCGGGCGGCUGGAAUCCUGUCGGCUUCUGCUCUGUCUUCCAACCAGGGAGUCCAAGAUGGCGGGAAAUAGGUCGGCUUCUCCCACGUCUCCCGGUUCCGAAACACGUCUGGAUGCUUUGCUUCAGAACCUCUACGAUUUUGGGGAGAUAGAAGAACCAAAACAGAAGAAUAUUAAAAAGAAAAGAGAAGAUAGAAAGAGAGAUGUGGGAGCUCCAUUGACCUUGAUAGCAGAACCAGCUUCCAUACCAGAAUCACUUACAAGAGACCAGAAGAAGAGUGCUUCAAACUUCUUCAAGGAACUCAGAGAAGAGCUGCAAUGUGCUUCUGCUGUGGUUUCCACUGGUUUCCCUUCAGGACUUGAGGUCCCUGGUGCUGCAGUAUCUUCCCUUCCCUUAAAGAACAACAGGGAACAAAUCGAAGUGAUAGAAUUUCACAGCAGAAAUAAAAAUAAAAAACAGAAAUUGGAUCAAAAUGAGAGCACAAAGACAAAAACUAGUAUUCUUGAGAAAGUUGUGAAUGUACAAGAAUUUGACUUAGAAAAGGCCCGUUUGGAAGUACACCGGUUUGGGAUCUCAGGUUAUGGAAAAGGAAAGGAAAGAGUUCUGGAACAAGAACGUGCAGUUAUGCUGGGUGCUAAGCCUCCCAAAAACAGUUACGUGAAUUAUAAGCUUUUGCAGGAGAAAAUCAAAGAAAAAAAAGACACAAAAGAAGAAGAAAAGAGAAUGGUCCAGAACACAGACAUUUUUAAAAGAAAGAAGAGGAAAGUGCAGAAAGAUGGGAAAUCUGUGAAGAAGAAAUCAGCUCCCAGUAUUUUGUCAAGUGGAAGAGCUGGGCAGGUUGGAAAAUUCAAAAAUGGGACAUUGGUUCUGAGCCAAGUUGACAUCAAGAAAAUAAAUUCUUCAAGAGUGACUAAAAGAAGUAUAAAGAAGAGAAUGGUAAAAUAUGAUUGUAUGGAAAACAGUUACCUAUAAGAUGUACAGAUUAUUCUUAUUCUUAUUUAUUUCAUAAAAAAUAAUGUUUAAAAAAUCAAAUGGAAAUAAAAUUGUAUUUAGUUGCAGAAGUGUUUUACCCAUUGUGCGGAUCUCCAGGUAAAUAUAAAGCAAGCCUAUUGAAAAGUA